AGCCGAGGCUGACAGUCUCCCAAUGGUGCACCGUCUCUCCCUACGGUCGCCCUCAGCUGGUCGUCCUUUUCAAACAGAGAACUUCGGCUGGGUCCCACCAGUGUGGCUUUGAGCGUGGCCAAGUGCCCAAGUCAAAGAGAGAGUCUCCACGAGUUUGAUUUCCCUUUUUUUUUCUUUUUUUCUCGACCGUAAGCUUCGUCUUUUUCCAUUUUACGACCUGUUUCCUUUUUUAAAAAACACGGCCAACUAAUCCUGCCAUCAGUUUCUCGGCCACUUUCGACCAAAUCAGUCGCUUUGGAUUAUCAUCUUUCUGUUGGCCUUCGCGCCACAGUUUUAUUUUUGGGAUCUCAGUGAGACGGGUGUUUUUUUGCGUCCAACAACAAGUUGCUUUUGCUACUAGUGUUGCCUGGCUCCCGCGUGAUUAACAGUGGAAUAUUUGGUGUCAAGGAGACAGUGAUCAUUUGACUGAAAAUGUACGGAAAGAGAUAACAGAAGCGCAUCACCUCGGCUUGUUUUUGUUUUUCGACACAGCAACUAAAGUAGAGUCUCUGACACUGACCGUGUCGGAAGCAACAUCAUGGAUCCAUUGAACAGCAUCGGCAUGAGCGGCAUUGAUCCGUCCUGCCAGCUACCCGCCUACCCGAAUUACAACGUCCCUUCUAACCUACUCCUACACGGUGGAGCUCAUUCAGCGGUUAAAUUAGAGAAUGGCCCUUCAACUGUUCCAGUUCAUCCGGUCAUGCCCCCAAGUGGAAGAGGCGGCGUGGUCAAGUACUGCGGUGUGUGUGGCGACAUUGCCAAGAGUUAUCAUUUCGGCGGAUUAUCUUGUGACUCUUGCAAGGCUUUCUUUCGUCGUUCCGUCCAGAACGACAACUACCUGCAUUUCCAGUGCUGUCACCGUGGCCAGUGUGUCAUCUCUCUAUCCAAUCGUAAGAGCUGUCAGUAUUGCCGGAUGAAAAGAUGCUUCGCAAUCGGGAUGGAAAAGAGCUGGGUCAUGACCGAAGAUGAACGCAAAGCUUUAAUGAAAGCUCGAGCUGAAAAGAAACUCAGCAAACAAUUAGCGGCUUCAGCAACGUCGACAACGACCGGUGGCAAAUCGAUCUACAACUAUUCGUCGGAUGAUGGAGGUUCAACGACGAGUAGCAGCGAUUACGAGCCGCAAAUUGAAAGGAUGGUUGAUUUCUUGGCCCCGGUUGAAAUCAAAGAAAUUGAAUCCAUCGUCACCAAAUAUAUGCACGCUUAUCAACACGUUCCCUAUCGUUCAGAAUUGCGUUUCUUCGAUCACGAUCGUCCCGGUGUUCAAGUUAUGGAGAUGUUUGGGACUCUGAUUCGUCGUUUCGCCUUUUACGCUCGGCUGAUGGCCGACUUUUCGAGCUUACCAUUCCCAGAUCAGAGCUGCCUUCUGAAAGGUGGCGUCUUGGAAAUGUGCGUGCUGAGAGGAGCGCUAGUCUACGACCCGUUAAAGAAUCGCUGGCCAAACGCCAACAUGUCCAUGUACAAAGACGCGCCAACGCUCAAGUUGGACAACAUUGGCCACUUGACGUCGUCACGCAUCUUUCAAAUGCAUAUGGAGUUUAUCAACACCAUCCAGCAGAUGGGUGUCGACGAACCGACCAUCAUGUUGUUGAUCUUGAUCGUUCUGUUCACGCCCGAGCGAGCAGGUCUCGUCCGAACCAGGUGGAUCGAGAAAUACCAGGCGUACUAUACAUCGUUACUCGAGCGUUACAUGGGCUGGCGAUUUGGCACCCACCGAUCGAAAUUCAUGUUCGGUAAAUUGUUGACGAAAUUGAGCGAUCUGCGAGAAUUGAGCGACACUCAUAACCGUCACAAUCUCCAAUUAGGAAAUGAUGAGAUUUCGUCUAUUCAACAUCAGCUGCAGCAUUUAAAAAUCAAUCCUUAUCCGGAAUGUAAAGUGAUACCGGAAGAUGUGGGUGUACCUGUCAUGGCUGCUGUCGAUCCUUCCAACCCUGUUCAUUCUAGUUUCCCAGUAACCGACGCCGCUCAAUCCUAUUAUGCUCCGACGUCCGACGCUGCAAUUCCGAGGACGUACACCAGCGACUGUAGGACCGAACAGGAUGCUUGCGGGAGCAGUUACUUACCUCUUCAUCAUUUCCCGCCGGUUCAACAUCAGCAACAUCACUAUGCACCGUCGUAUCCUAGUGGCGCUGCCCAGUCGAAUGAACCGUACGUCAAUCGACAACCAACGAGUUUAUCGUCAUCAUCUUAUCCUUCCUCAUCGUGUUGCGUAGAAGGUAACACUACUGGCGUACCGACAGGCCAACAAGACCCUUAUCGAGCUUAUCAACAACAACAACAACAACAACAACCACAACAACAACAACAACCACCUCCUCAAAUGGCCAAUAUGGCCUUACAGUUUAUGCAAGCUAUUCAACAAUCAGUUAAUCAGGUAGUGAAUGUCCCCGAUUUCGGUUUCGAUUGGGUCAAACCCGAUUACCAAUUCGAUCCGAUGGUUGAUGAUGAAAUAUUAGACGUACUCGAUGCCAAGACGUCGACGCAUCAGAAUUAUUGCAUUUCGUCUGUCGAAGAUCUGUCUUCGCCUGAUUCGAAAUCGAGUAACAGCAGUUGCGGGAGUAGUUACAGCGAAUUAAAUCAAGCCGCCGUUGUGGCCCUGGUGGACGAACAAGCAUCGGCUGAUGUGACUUUAACUCAGAGGACUAUGGAAGAACUGUACGAAGCGCUCGAAGAAUAUUCAGAGCUUUACGACGCCCACUGAUGCCCACCUUUUAUCUACUAUUUUUUAAUAUUUUCUUAUGAUUUUGUUUGUAACAAAACAUUUUAAAAAACGAGAAAAAAAAUAAGGAAACAGCAGUUUCUUAAGGUUAUAUUAUGUUGUGUUUUGUUUGAUUUGGUUUUGCAAUGAAAUCUAUGUCAGUGUAUAUUUUAUUUUCCCUGCAGUUCAAAACAAGUUUCGGUAAAUGUAAACAUUUAUAUUUUAGAAAACCAAAAAAAAAAAAAAAAAAACUAACUGGACCACCUUGUUGUUGCCCAAACAUUUAUUCCCUCAACCCCCUGCUCCAUUUAUGCUGUAAAUACCACACGUACCUGCUCCCUCCACUUUGAUUCUAACUUUCACUAAGAUGCAGAACAGAUGAUGAUGUAGCAGCUAAAUGUGAUGCAUUCAAUUUUUGAGACUCAAACUGAGACAAAAAAAAAAAUUAUUCUAAGGGGUCAUAUUUUUUGUUUUAAUUGAUUCUAUGGUGUGGCGGAUUUUAUAUAGCGAUCUUCACCGUAAUGCCCUAUAUCCUUUUGUAAAGAAUUCUUGUAACAUUUUAAGAAAUUGUUUUCACGCAACCGUCGGGAGGAGGGUCGGUGCAUGUUUUUUCCAACAAUUCUUGAAUUGCAAACAACUUCACAUAGUUAUAAAACUGAACUUUUAAGAAGAAAAGCAAAUGUAUAUGAUGUUACCAACCUUUAUAUACCACUAUACUAAGUAUACGGUCGUCAUUGUUGUUAUAAAUAAAUACAAUAUUGUCAACACCUCAA